CUCGGAGCUUUAGCUAACCAUUUUAGAUGCCGUUUAAUGCUACAAUACUGCAACCGGAACUGUAAGCAGCUACGGUUAAAACUGAAUCGUGGUUUAAAAAAUAAAAUAAAAUCAGUUUGACGCGAUAACAUUUGCCCGUUAAAAAACAUUUUCCGUUUUCUUCUUUCUUCCUGCGCCUCCGCAAGACUUUCCAGCCACCACGAUAUUUACGGGCAUUUCUACAAUUUGUUACUAAUCCAUCUACGCUGUCCACCAUUUAAAUUAGUUGCUUUUUAUUAAAGGCAGCUAAAUAAAAACCGUUACGUGAUUUAGAUGAUUGGUUGUAAACAGCAGCUAAUGUCAAUGUGGUCCAGGUCUACUCUGCAGGACACGAAAUUGUUCUUAGAUGCCAAAAAGCCUAAAGCCUUGUAUUAAAUAACCUUUAAAAAGGCAUAGCUAAUAAUAUUUAAAAGAAAAUGUCCCAAUUUUAGCCGCAUUCGGUGUGUCAAAUCGUCCUUGCUCGUGUAAUGCCUCAACACUCAAAUUUAUAUCACGCAUAUUGUCAUAAUAAUUAAAUUUAAGGUAGAUUUUAUGUUUCAAGGGUUUCUUAUAUACAACGUGGAGGUUAUUUAGUUACAUAAAUGGUGAAAUCGAUCGUUUAAAUGUAGCUAGGUCACACGGUUGACACCACAUUGAGCUGGGGCCAUCAAGGACAAGAUGAACAACGAGCAGCCGCCAUCAUUGGAACACAGCUCGGUUACGCCUCGCUGAAGAAUGCUCUGGAUUUUGCUAGCAAAUCCCACUCUGAAACGCCUAUAACUUGAAUAAAAACGGCCUGCAGAUAGCCUUAAAACACAUUUCUUUACUGUAAACGAAUGUUAUUUUCGAUUUCAUCGCUCCGGUCUCAGUUAACACUACGAGGAGAAUAUUAUAGGUUUUGCGUGGCGGAGCUAGAUCAGCGCCCAACGGUGAUGAGGCGCCUCUGUCGAGUGGCGCAUUUGGCUGCAGUGCUUCCAAGCUACCAUUCCCCUUUCUCGGAGACCGAAAGCAGAUCCCUCGUCCGUGGUCAGCUGGUCGCCUACAGCUGCCCGUCCGUCCACGUCCAUUCGCUUCCUCCUUCCGUGGAUCCUCCCCAACCUCAGCUCCGACAGAAAAUCCUCCAUUACUGAGCGGACCAGGCGAGAAAAUGGUCGCUCCUGUGUGUCCACGAUACUUUUGUUGUGGAAUAAGGACAGUACUAAUACGCCAAAUUCCGGUUGGCAAAAUUUGCUCGACGGAGACUCCUGUUGUCGUAGCUAGAUGUGCUAGUUGAAGCCCUCCGCAGUGUUAUUUGAGAUUUGAAGCCGUCACAAGCAAUAGCCUAUGUCUCACCAUGUAGCGUAAACGUUUAAGGGGCGGUGUAAUGAACAUAAACCAUUAUGUCGAGCCAAAUUUAAAUUUAACGACUUUGACUCGUCAUUAUUACUUUUAUAUGAAGAAUUAGCCACAUUAAUUGGUAAUUAAGCCCGUUUAUACAAAUAAGACAAAAUAGCAUUAAUUACUAUUUUUAAAGAUCACGAACUGGUUAAAGAUCCAAGACAGAAUAUCCGCAAAUGAAUGGAGAAAUGGAGGCAACGACACAAGACCAAGUAUGGGCGCAGGAUGACCUUUUAAGACUGCUGGAGGCCAUGAAAGUGGCUCUUCCACAGAAAGACCUGACUAAAUACAAAACAUCAGAGUCCCACCUGGACUGGCAGAAAGUUGCUUUCAAUUCCUACACAGCUGAGAUGUGCAAGCAGAAAUGGCAGGUGGUGUCGAAAGAGAUUCGUAAAUUCAGGACCCUGACAGAAUUGAUAUUUGAUGCUCAAGACUACAUAAAGAACCCAUACAAGGGCAAGAAAAUAAAGAAACACCCAGAUUUCCCCAAGAAGCCUUUGACUCCAUACUUCCGUUUCUUUAUGGAGAAGAGGGCCAAGUAUGCAAAGCUGCACCCUGAGAUGAGCAACCUGGACCUCACUAAAAUCCUAUCUAAGAAGUAUCGGGAGCUGCCUGAUAAAAAGAAGAAAAAAUAUGUUGACGACUUCUUACGAGAUAAGGAAACAUUUGUUCAAAGUAUGAUGAAGUUCAGGGAAGAGCAUCCAGACCUGGUGGAGAGCAUGGCCAAAAAAGGCUCAAAUGUACCAGAAAAGCCCAAGACGCCCCAACAGUUGUGGUACAACCACGAAAAGAAGGCCUUCCUCAAGCUGCACCCUGAUGCGACCACCAAAGACAUUAAAGAUAGUCUUGGCAAACAGUGGACGCAGCUUUCUGACAAAAAGAGGCUCAAAUGGAUCACCAAGUCGCUGGAACAGCAGAAGCAGUAUGAGGAGACGAUGCGUGAAUACAUCCAACAGCAUCCGGAGUUAAAUAUGACUCAGGAAGACAUCGUAAAGUCCACCCUGACCAAGGCAGAGAGGCACCUGAAGGACAAAUCUGACGGACGUCCUGACAAACCACCUCCAAACGGUUACUCGAUGUUCUGUGCGGAGCUAAUGUCGAGCAUGAAGGACGUUCCCAGCACAGAGCGUAUGGUGAUGUGUAGUCAGCGGUGGAAGCUGCUAAAGCAGGGUGAAAAGGACGCCUACCAAAAACGCUGCGAACAGAGGAAAAAAGAGUAUGAAAUUGAGAUGAACAGAUUUCUCAGUAGUAUAUCAGAGGAGGAGCAGCAGCGGGUCUUGGGUGAGGCGAAGACUGGUUUUAAGAAAAGCACUGGAGCCAAUAGUCCCGCAUCUAAAAAGAAAAACUCUAAAGCAAACGCAAAUCCAGAAAAACCCAAAAGACCCAUUUCAGCCAUGUUCAUAUUUGCUGAGGAGAAACGUCCCAAGCUGCAGCAGGAGCGGCCAGACCUCGCUGACAGUGAGAUCACAAGACUUCUUGCUCGCAUGUGGAACGAGCUACCAGAUAAGAAGAAGGAGAAGUUUAAGCGCUUAGAAUCAGUGUUGAAGGCAGAAUCGGAGAAGAAGGAAAAAGAGGACCGCAGUCGACUCCCAGAUCCGCCCAAAAAUGCACAAGACAUCUGGCAGCAGAGUGUUAUAGGCGACUACCUGGCCAGAUUUAAGAACGACCGGCCAAAGGCACAGAAAGCAAUGGAAGGAACCUGGAGCACCAUGGAGAAAAAAGAGAAGAUUAUGUGGAUCAAAAAGGCAGCAGAAGACCAGAAAAGAUAUGAGAGAGAAGUAAGUGAGAUGCGCUCGCCUGCUGCUGCCAUUGCCUCAGGGAAGAAGAUGAAAUUUGAGGGUGAACCCAAGAAACCGCCAUCAAAUGGAUAUCAGAAGUUCUCUCAGGAGAUGCUGUCCAAUGGAGAGCUGAAUCAUCUCCCAAUGAAAGAGCGGAUGGCUGAGAUUGGCAGCCGCUGGCAGAGGUUACCACUGAAGGACAAGGACCGCUACAAGAAGAUUGCUGAGGAGAAGCAAAGGCAGUACAAAGUCCAACUGGAACAGUGGCUCGCUAGUUUGUCUUCGCAAGAGAGAAACACUUACAAAGAAUAUAAUUCACAAAAAAGAAGAACUACAGCAAAACCAGGAGGCCCCAAGGCAAAGGCCAAGAAAUCUGAUACGGAGGAGGACGAGGAUGAUGACGACGAUGAGGAGGAUGACGACGACGAUGAGCAGGAGAAAGCUUCCAGUGAAGGCGACUCUUCCAGUGAGGACGAUGAGGAUGAUGAUGACAAGGAGGACGACGACGAUGAAGACGACGAAGAGGACGACGAAGCAGAUGACAAGGAGAACAAGUCGGAGGACAGCAGCAGUGAGUCGAACUCACAGGGGUCGUCAGACUCUGAUUCAGACUGAAACGCGCCAUCACUGACAAACUGAGCAGCGCUGAGCUGAGCCAAGAGUCCAGGGAGCUCUGCCACUGUGCCAACCCUGCUCUCCUCCCACCACCAGAGGGAGCCUCUGCAUUGCCUCAUCCAUUUCACACUCACCCACUUUAUGUUGCUGUACUGGCGAUCUGUACAGAAGGAGAGACCCUGCCCCUAUCUGGAAAUCAGUUCAAUUCCAUCCCCAGCAUAGUAGUCAUCUCACAGCACGGGCCACUGACAGUAUGCCAAAAACAGCAUCCCACUGGUUUGGUGAUGUCAUGAACAUUUCUGCACUUGUUUCAAUCUUGACUUGCAGCUUCAGUGGUUUAAGGUUAGAGUUUUAAUGUGUUGGGUAAUUGAUUACCCGUUCAGUCUUUUAUUUUUGUUAUUCCGAUGAUUAGUUAAGGACAGGUGGCUUGAGUUGUGAACAGGCUGAGCCAAAGAACACAGUACGGUGGAUCACCUGAAGGUGGGCAGGGGGGAGGGUAUGCGGGGUACUGGAAAAUUGCACUCUACAAAAGAUUUUCGUUUAAUCUUUUUUUUUUUUUUUUCACAACAUUGUUGUGUUGUCCUCGACUUACGAUGUAGAUUUUAUGAUUUGGUUCUUAAGGAGGUGGUAUUUUUUUCAGGAAAAACAAAAAAAAAAAUCAAGCCAUUAUGAAUGUCUUUUUUUUUUUGUCGCUGGAAAAUUUGAGAGUGUUACAUACCCAUGUUUUUUCAUUUGAAAUUUACACUGCCUAUAAAGUAUUCAAUCCUUGGAUUUUUCAUGUUUUAUUGCUUUUCAACAAAGAUUCAAUUGGACCUUUUCACACACAUCGGGAUGUAAGGAGGCAUAGCAACAUUUAUUGGAAGUUAACAGACUGCAUCUUUUGGGGUGUGUUGUAAAGCUUUUCAACACAGAACUGACAUCGACUUCAUCUAAGCCUUGGCGUGAUGGAAUAUUCCCUCAGCUAGAUUCUGUCUAGAUUAAACACGAAUCUAAAACACAAGACUGCGAUUGCAUGCUGGUGCUUUUCAUGUCUACCUAGCUGUUUGGGCUUCCAGAUUUGGAACGUAGUGUCAAACUGUGUAAACAGUUUAGUUUUAUAUUGGGACUUAAUUUAGAUUGGUUUAUAGGGAUUGUUUUAACUUGGCCGUAAAAGAGUUAUAAAGCCGGAUUAGCCGUUAUGGUUCCAGUAUAAAACAUAAAGGUCCAAUGGGGGUUGAAUACUUUCCAGGACAUUGCACAUUGCCAUGUGUCUGUCACUGAAAGAUCUCAUUUAUCCAAACUGACGUGUUGUUGUCGAUCAGUCUUAACAGUUCUUACUCAGUUCAUUGAGCAGGUUGUAAUUAUUAAUUGCAACACUUGUCCAUAUUUAAAGCUCAGUCUGACUCUGUUUUUAAAAGCAACGUUAAAUAUGCUUUUCUUUUUCUUCAGAACUGUUGCUUUCUAUUUCAUUUACAGUUCAAUUGCGAUUUGCUACCAGGUUUGUUUUUAAUUGUGAGCAGUUGUGUUUUGAUCUAUCUGGACUCGUCGUGGGUGUUGAGCUGAAUGGACUCGUCCAUUUUUAUUUCCGAGUUUUAAUAGUAUUGACUGUAAUCCACAUGGGUUCUGUUCUGAUGCUUAUCCCAAAAAAAAGCGUGCACUUAUUGUAAAUCUGUCCCUCUGUGUGAGUUUGUGUGCAUGCAUGCACAGAACUUUGUAUAUAUGAGGGCGUUUGCGUGUUUCUUUGCUUUAAUGUGUGUUGUUUUUGCCGUUUAGUUGCAUACCAUGACGUGACAGCAGUGUGCAUGUAUGUGCCUGUGCGGGGACAUCAUACCAACACCAUGAAUGUAGAUAUUGUUAAAUCUUUUAUUUUUUUUUUUUUUUCUCCAAAGGUCUUUGCGGUCAUGUCAUUGAAAACCUAAAAAUGGGCUUAUGUGACUGUGUUUUUGGGUCUCCAGACAGAUUAAGUACAUGGCAACUAUUAAUAAUCUGUUAAUAAUGGGUUUAUUUUGACCAUUUUGAAUCUCAUCACAGACUGAAAUAAAACCAGCGUGGACUAUUUAAAUAACUGGGGGAGGGAAAAGCAAAGCAUUUCCUUUUUGAAUGAUGAAAGUUUGUAAAAGGGAAUUAGGAAACUGAGUUGCCAGUGGACUUGGGGUUAAAAAAGACAAAAAAAAAAAAAGCAACUGUAAUUUUCUGUAAAUACUGUUUUUGUAUCGAGUGCUUAUUGUUUUGUUAGUACUUUUAUUUUGGCAAGCCCUCAUCUGUGGUUUCAAAGGCCAGUGAGUCUUUCACUCACGGGGGAGAAUUUUUGGUUAAAUUCGCCUGUUUUAGUUGUUUCUUCUCUCCCUUAUGUUGGUUUAUAGAGAUAUCUAAAACAGCAAAGCUUUACAAGUUUGUACUGCUGACAAAUUGACAGAAUUUGAUGUUUUAUAUAGCUGAGGGUGUUCUUAUGUCCUUGUAGUUCAAGUAUUUGGGCAAAUAAAUGACCUUUAACAGUUAAAA